UCCAGCGCCUGCGUUACGAGAUUGUGAAAAUUCUAACUAGUACGUUGGGGUUGGGGUUGUGGAACCUGGAACUGGAAGAUCCGAAGUCUUCUGUGUUCCUUUUCCACAGAGGGAAGCCGGCGAUGAUGGAAAAACUCACCUGGAAAAUGGGGUCAUAGAGUUUUUUCAUAAAGCUCUCAUGAGGACCAAAUAAGAAGCCUGCGGGAGGGGUCAUUUUUGAGGUAUUUAGUUGUGGAUCUUGCACACCUAAUCUCAGCCUUCCUCAGUUCUGAACCGUUAGUCGUUCUUCCAUUUAUUUUUCCAAAAUGUGUUGACGAACUCCCACAAAUCGGUAAGAAAAAGAUAACCCAGUAGAAAAAUGGGCCGCAGAUGCUUCACAAAAGAGGAAACACGCAGGUCCAAUUUACAAUGAAAGUGCUAUGAGUUGCUAGAGGCUUACGUUAAAGAAAAGAUACGCAACUCAAUAAUAAAGGAAAUGCAGCGAGACCCACUUUGCAUCCACUACGUUGGCAAACUUUAAAACCUUCGAGUCGAUGGCAACAUGGUGGAACUGGAGCUCUCAUACACUGCUGGUGGAAAUGAAUGGGGGAAGUGAAUGAUCUCAAACGGCAGAAAUGGCAGUGACCUUGUCUGUUUCAAUUCGGGAGUGGGCUGCUUCCUGAUUGGCUGUGAUUGGCUUUCACUGUGCUUGUGAACACCUUCUUCAGCUUCCUUCGACGCAAAACAGACUUUUUCAUUGGAGGAGAAGAAGGGAUGGCAGAGAAGCUUAUCACACAGACUUUCAGCCACCACAAUCAGCUGGCACAGAAGACCCGGCGGGAGAAGAGAGCCCGGCAGGAGGCCGAGCGGCAGGAGAAGGCGGAGCGGGCGGCCAGACUGGCCAAGGAAGCCAAGUCAGAGACUUCAGGGCCCCAGAUCAAGGAGCUAACUGAUGAAGAGGCAGAGAGGCUGCAGCUGGAGAUUGACCAGAAAAAGGAUGCAGAGAAUCAUGAGGCCCAGCUCAAGAAUGGCAGCCCUGACUCCCCAGGGAAGCAGGAGACUGAGGAAGAUGAGGAGGAAGAAGAUGAGAAGGACAAAGGAAAACUGAAGCCCAACCUAGGCAACGGGGCAGACCUGCCCAAUUACCGCUGGACCCAGACCCUGUCGGAGCUGGACCUGGCGGUCCCUUUCCGUGUGAACUUCCGGCUGAAAGGGAAGGACGUGGUGGUGGACAUCCAGCGGCGGCACCUCCGGGUAGGGCUCAAGGGGCAGCCAGCGAUCAUCGAUGGGGAGCUCUACAACGAAGUGAAGGUGGAGGAGAGCUCGUGGCUCAUUGAGGACGGCAAGGUGGUGACUGUGCAUCUGGAGAAGAUCAAUAAGAUGGAGUGGUGGAGCCGCUUGGUGUCCAGUGACCCUGAGAUCAACACCAAGAAGAUUAACCCUGAGAAUUCCAAGCUGUCAGACCUGGACAGUGAGACUCGCAGCAUGGUGGAAAAGAUGAUGUAUGACCAGAGACAGAAGUCCAUGGGGCUGCCAACUUCAGAUGAACAGAAGAAACAGGAGAUUCUGAAGAAGUUUAUGGAUCAGCAUCCAGAGAUGGAUUUUUCCAAGGCUAAAUUCAACUAGCCCCUGUUUUUUCCUCCCUGAACUCUUGGGGCUGAGCUGCAACCACCCACCUUUCUUUCCCACUCUUCUCUGGGACUUGUGGGCCUCAGGGCUUGGGGCAGGCAUGGGACUGGCCCAGGCACACAGGUCCCAGGGCAUCAGAAGAAAGGCUGGGGCUUGGGACCUUGUCCUCCCCAAUUGGCCUACUGUUACACAUUAAAACGAUUUGCCCAGCUC